AUGGGCAUCUUCAUCUCAGGCGUUACUAAUCAGAUGAAUGUGACUCUGAACUUUGUGCCCAAGCUCACAAAAUCAUAUUACGUGUCUGAUAUUUUACUCCCGGAGAGUCUCAACCAGCUUCUAAAGGAACCCGAAGGAAAUGAAAAAGAGGACCAGAGAGAAACCGUUCUAAAAGAAUUAGUAGAAAUAUGGCGGAAGGGUGGAGGCUGGUAUCCACGCCGAGAUCAGCAGCAAAACCCUGAGAAAAGGCAGGAUCGACAAAUUCAUUCCGUCCUGAGUAGCAUCGUCGGUGGUCUUAAGUCUCUGGGAAUCUUGCCUAGAAAGGCGAUCGGCCUGCCCUCUCUAAACCAGCCGCUCGACAGAAACAGACUGUCCGGAUUUCUGUACAACAUCUCCAUGUACCUUCAGGAGAUGAGCGCUGAACUGGACGACGAUCAGGCUUUCAGCGACGAGCACUUUUGGGAGAACUUGUUGCAUUCUUUCAUUCAGUCCGAUGGAAGGAAUCCACAUGGGCCAUGGGCGAGCCGUGUUCCUCCUAGACCGAGUUUUAGGCUACAGGAGCUCUUCCUGUCUUUGAGAGGCAGUCCACACUGGGAUGGACUACUCGGGCUUGUCCAGAGCGUCCUUACAGUUAUCGAGCAGCAACCUCAGAGACCUCUUCUGACAUUUGUGUCACAAAACUGGAAGACCAUCAGCGCUUUGCUGGACACUGCUCUACAAGCGCUGGUCAGUGGGACCUACAGCCAAGCCAGUGCAGGUCUGCAGGGAUUCAUCUGCAUUCUGAAGGGCCAAAAUGAUUGUGAUUUUAAUCUGACCUGGCUGCAGCAACUCCUGACCUUUCUGGAGACGAGAAACUGGAAACCGGUGGUGAAUCUGCACCCGGGAAGCGUCGCGAGCGAUCACAGGGAGGGCUCACUUUCUGGGCGCUUGAAGCCGUUUAGUGUCCCACCUGAGGCGUUACGUGAGGAGAGCGGUCACAUGAACAUUGCAUCAUCCGUUGGUGAGAGCAUUACCUCUAUGAAAACACUGCUAAUGCAGGCUUUGUCCAAGUCGAAUCCCGGGGAAAGGGCGGCACAUUUUGCCGAACGUAAUCCCGCCCUCAUCCAGGGUCUCGAUGGCUUGAGACGGGGAUUGUUGCGCCGAGUGGGCAGCACGGUGUACGGCAACCUGAGAAGUAAGGUUUCACGUGUGACCAUGGCAUUGCUGGAUGAUUUAGGAGGCAUGGCUGAGGAACCACAGUCCAGUCAGCAAGGAAGAUGCUCUGUAGGUGAUCUGAGGCAGCUCAUAUUGUGGGGCAUUAGACAUAAUGUGACAUGGGACGCCCAAGAAAUGGGUUUUACCUCACACGGUUUACCAAUCAGACCCUCAUUGAUGUCAUGUCCGUCUUCAGAAAAAGGAAACAAUUCAGAUCCUUUAAGACAGCCGAGAUCUUUAAAAACAUCCAGACGUCUUCAACAGCAGCCGACAUACCCUAAUCAAACAGACUCAGAGCUCUCCGCGUCGGCCGAGAUCCUGGAGGCUGCGUGCAACGCCUCUAUACCCGGCCUCACCGGCGUAUCCAACUUCACCGUUUUCCUGUACUGUAACCUUUUCGAUGGGGGUGACGCCACGCUGGACCCCGAGGUCGGCCAUGGAGUCCCAGAUUUGCAAGUCAGCUGUUCGAACGCAGCGUGGUACCUCUCUGCUGCGGAGGAAGAUUUCCUCUGGGUGCACAUCUGCAGCGAGUUCUUCGCACAAGAUUUCAACAAUACAGUGUGCGCCAACUCUUCCUUUUGGCUUCAGCAAGCUUAUCAGGCAGCUGCGACCAAGGAUUACCAUUACUUCAACCAAUCAACCAUCAAUGACCUGUGCCUACAGCUAUCCAGCGACGUUCCUGGAAGUUCUGGAAGUUCCACAGAGGACUGCUUAGCAAUGCUCAGCACCAGAUCCUUAAGUGCCGAGGAUUUCAGGAGGUGUUUCCUGCCCAACGAUUCCGCUCUGAUCUCUGCCCUGUGUGGCAAUGCAUCUUCACCUUUAGCCCACGAUGGCUGGGCAGCAGAAUAUUGCUCCAAAGUUCUGCACCAUGACUCCAAAGAAACGAUGUGCAGUUUUCCAGACUGGACAGAAGAACAUUUCACUAACACAACGAUCCUCGAGUUCUGUCGAGACACUGAAGGUCUGAGGGAUUAUCUUUGCAGUAACGUCAGCCUGUACCUCAAGCUUCUUCCUAAGCAACAUCUACUAUCAGACUUCUGCGGCUCGGACUCGGUGCCAAAGCAGGACGCCAAGUGUGUCCUCCAGCAGCUCUUUGAUAUGCUACCGGCUCCGUAUGACUUUGAUACCUACCAGCUCUGUGUUAACCCCGUGUCCAUCCUGCAGGAAACCCUGUAUAAUCUGAGCCACUGUGAGGGUGUCGUGGAUGAACGGAUCGGCUGGCUGGCCACCGUGAGCUACGUGCUGCAAGUGCUGGACUUCGUCGUGGGGCUCUCGGCAGGCCUCGACGAGGGCGAACAGGAGGUCCGGCAGGGUCUCGGACAAGCUAUCCUUCUCACCAGGCUUUUAAACAAUGCGUCGUUCUGGACAAAUCUCAGGUCCAACGCAUCCGUUAGCGUUCUGCAGACGGUCGGUGUGUUUCUCAGACAGGAGAAGAAUCCGUCUCUUAAGGAGGACCUUCUUAGCUGUUUUAGUCCUGUUUUGUGGGAUCUGAUUCAGAAAGAGGACAACUCAUCUGCACUCAGAUUUUUAUUACAGGAAUACCUCCAGAUGCCUAGAGAGAGAAUUCGCACCCUCGUCCUGUCGGCAGAAAAAGACGCAGUGAAAAGGUUUCUGUCUCACGUCCACCAUCGCUGGGAUCAAUUACAAGUCGAGACAAUACAGGCUUCGCCGAAGGAAAAAGAAGCGAUGGAGACCAUGACCGCCGCCUUCAUCCACAAAUUCCCACGCGUUACUCCAGAACUCUUCGUGGACCUCUCACAGUUCAUCCCAUACAUGUCUGUAUCAGAUAUCAUGAACUUCCCUGCGUCGCUGAUGGUCAACGACAGCGUGCUGACGGCUAUACGCGACCACAGCUCCCAGAUGAAAUCUCCUCAGAAACAAGCGUUUGUGAAACGCCUCCUGCAGUCGAACGUGGUGGGAGACGUCCCGUCGUGGCCGCCGUACUUCCUCACCUCCAUUCUUCCUCUCCUCCCGCACCUUCCCGUCAGUCACUUCCAGCAGCUGACGUCCCAGCAGCUCAGCCCCCUGCUGGAAAUGCUGGCAAACAGCAGCCUGGAUGUCGUCAGGGGGCGUCAUGUGAUUCGCACCGUGUACAGCAAGAAGAAUCUGACGAACGACACAAUCAUGAGAUUAGGCUUCCUAAUAUGCUACCUGAAUUCAGAGGAGCUACAUCACGUCCUGUCCGUGUCCCCCGUCUCACCGGUUCUGUGGCAGCAGGUUGCCGAGUGUGUUUCGGAUGGACAUGUCAGUGGAAAUGGCAGACUCUCUCAUUGGCUGGCUCUGGCCCUGAAACCUCUGAAUGCCAGCCUGUUAUCUUCACCGACUCUGAGCUCUAUCCGUGGUGUUCUACCCCAGCUCGGUGCCUCGUUCCUGCAGCCACUUCAUUCGGGUGAGGUGUUGGAACUCUUGUCUGUGCCUGGGAUUCCCACGUUCUCACCUGCACAGGCGUUCCAGAUUUUAAGAAAAAUAUCCCAGGAAAUCCCAAAUAUCAGCGCCAACACGUUAUGCAGACUGAAGCCGUUAUUUCGGGGUUUGUCUCCGGCCUUUCUGAGGAACCUGAUUGUACCCGGUUCAGAAGGGGCGUCUGACUGCCAGUGCUGGAGCUCCAUGCUGAGAGACCUGCAGCCUGCCCAUCGGGUCAUGGUACACGGUGCACUACGAGAGGCUCUGAAGCGCUCAUCAGCGAACCUUACGCACUACCUGCGCUGCUUUUUACCCAUCGUGUCCCUGAAGAAACUUUCCACUGAGCUCGAUGCGCCGACGAUCCUUGAUCAUAUAUCUCAGUACAGAAACCUGCCGUGGUCCCCUCAACAGGCGCAGCUGCUGUUCAGAACGAUUCAGCAAAGCGACAACAUCAGCGGAGAGACGUUACUACAUUUAGGCCACAUUGCAGGUGGGAUGGACUGUAAGCACCUGCAGUUUUGGGCCAACGAGUCCGACUUCUCCGAACUGUUGCGGUUUCUUACGGAGCUGCCGGGAGGAUUAAGGCCGGCACUGAGGAAAUGUGUUGUGGACGAGCUGAGGAAAAGUCCAGAUCUGAAUCUGGACGGUCUCGCCCCCUCAUUUAUCGCCCAGUUACCUGCGACGAUGAUUGAGAAAUUGUCCAACUCCUCGCUGAUGGCCAUCCUGAACCACUUACAGAGACACUUCAUUGAUUUCCUGCAGCUUCCCCGGCACAAACAGACGACCUUGGCUGAGAGAGCCGUCAGCGUGCUCGGCAUUUCUGAGGACAGAAUCUCCGGGGCCUCCAUGGACCUGCUGGGUCCUCUCGUCUUCUUCCUGGACAGAGACGUUUUGUCUCAGGUGGACAGAGAAGCGCUGAAGCUGCGUCUGGAGGAUCUGAGGCAGUACUGCAUGCCCCCGGAUUCCUUUAAGGAAGUGGCUAUACUGCUUACAGAGAGGAGCAUGUUAGGACAGCCGAAGUCGUGGACCGCAGGAGACGUUGAGCAUGUCGGUCGGCUGGUGUUCACCUUGUCACCCCAACUGAUUCAAUCUCUACCACUGGAUGAUAUAGGUUCAGACACGAUCGAGCAGGUCCUGCAGGCUCAGCGGCACUGGGAAGAAACCGCCGUGGGUGAAGCGUGUGCCGACCCCAAAGGACUAAGAGACAAGAUCUACAGCUUCAUUCACAAGAUCAUCAGAGGCCGUAAGUGGAUGAGAAGAGAACCAAUCCCAAGCUGUGCAGAUAUCAGAGGGACGUUUCCUGCAGCCUGGCGCUGGUACCAGCUGAACCGGAUGAAGAGAAAAGAGCUGGUGGAGUGUGUCGAGUUCCUGGGUCAGGACGGUUCUUUAGAUGCAGAACAGCGCUGGGCACUGUGGGCAGAACUCAGACAGGUGUAUAAGCCUGUGAGGACUCUCAGGUCAGAGCAGGUGCUGGAGCUGGGCUGUAUCAUCACCGAGAUGAGUGAGAGGGAGCUGCAGGCUCUGAACCUCUCUGACCUGGCUGUGGUGGCUCAUCUUGGCAGCUUUAGGCACUGGAACCCAAGAAAAAUGAGAGCAGCUUUACAGGGAUUCCUCCGACAGCACAAGCAGAAGCCUGAAGACCUUGGAGUCAUGGAACUGGUUUCUCUUGGACAUCUGCUUUGUGGCUUCAGUCCCUCUGAAAUCUCUCGGCUAGACCCGUUUAACCUGAGUGUGUCUGCAUUCUUCCUGAGGGAGAUGGACCUGCCCUGCUCCGAGCAGCAGAUCCAGGCUCUGACCGCUCGACUCUCCAGCACUUCUGGCUUUGGUCCCGUCAGUAGCUGGAGUGCAGAGAUCUUCACUGAGAUCGGGAAUCUGGCGGCCGGUCUGGACGACAUGGUGUUAUCUUCUCUGGUGAAGGAACAGAUGGAAGGACUGACCCCAUCCGCAAUAUCUCUGAUGCACCCAAAUAAAAUGGCUGUGGUGUUCAGCGUCUCUCAGUUCUCCUGGUUGAACUCUGAACAGGCGUGGGCAGUGACUGAGGAGCAGUGGAAAAAGCUGGACAGCAGGCAGAAACAGGCACUAAGCAUGGCACAGUAUGAGGGAGACAUGAUGCUCGAACACAGAGGCAGGAACCAGGCUCCCGCGGUUUGGCUUGCUGACCACCUAACAGCAUGCACACUGUUUUUACUCUGUUUUCUCUUGCAUUCAUUAUAAACACCAAAAUGACUUCAUGCUUCUUUCAUAUUUAUUUGCUGUAAUUAUUAAUAAAGAACAAACUUUUUUAAUCAAAACCCAA